AUGCGACAACAAAUCCGUCAACAUGAAGGUGUUGUACCAAAUUCGAUUCAAAUUCAAGGUUUUGAAUAUGAUGAACGGGAAUUAUCACUUAGUACAUCAAUAAUUAGUUUAGACGAUGAUUAUUUAUCAAAAGAUAUACUUGAUGAUCUUGAUCGAAUAUAUACUCAUCGUUCUCAUCAGAGAUGUAUGACUUUAACGUAUUUAACAUUGCUGACAAUGACAUUGGCUGUUGUAUCGUGGAUGUUUUAUUGGUUAUGGUAUAAUCACUGUGAAAAACUAUUAGCGAUCGAGCGAAAAAACCCAUUGACAUGUAAAUUUGUUUUUCCAUUUCAAGUUUUGAUCUUUAUUUUUCUUGGUUCGUCAGCAAUUUUCUUUAUUUUGAUGAUUAUUGCCUGGUUCGUGUUCGCUUGUCGGAAUCCAUUAGAUCGUAUUCGAACAAAUUUCAUUGCAUUUCGUUUAGAAGGAGUUGCUUGGCAAAAUCAACUCGAUUGUUACUUUAAACAGCAUUCCAGAUGUUUAGAUUUUGUCCGAAGAAAGAGAUUACUCGAUCGGAAUUUUGGUUAUAUUAUUCUUUCCUUACAUGGAAUACUUUUCGAUGAACUAUUUCUUCAAACAUCUCGCGAAAAGAUGAUUAUCAAUGGACAAUUUCUCGAGCGUGAGAGAAUAUUGAAACUCGAAUGUAAAAAGAAUGAUCUGUUAAUUCAUUUAUCCGAGGAAUUGAUUUCAAGAAACAUCAUCGAAGAAUUGCAACGAACAUUGAAAAUUCCGAUAAAUAGUCAUAGUAUUGGACCAACACGGUUUAGUUAUUAG